UUUAUAGGGCAUUUUUGGCCUUCAGGAGAAUUGACAAAACUCCGUCCCAGUACAAGGUAUAGAGCUCGGACUGGUUUCAAAAUAUCGAUUUAAAACUAUUAUAGAUUUUCAGAAGGAGUUAAUAAAAUCAUUACCUAUUAAUAAUAAUUUUUUACGUCAUCUUCAAUGUCUUGAUCCUCUAAUGAGAAAAGAAUCUUCUCGCACUAGUAUUAUGUACCCAGCUCGAAACGUUCCACAUUUUUUAAAUAACGAGAAGGUGGAUUUAGUUGGUGCUGAAUGGCGAGUUUACGAGUUGGCUGAUAUACCUGAAGAAUGGUAUAAAAAAGAUACAAUGUCUUCAAAUGAUGUUAUGGAAUAUGUACCUAUUGAUAAGUAUUGGCAUCAAGUCUUAUCUAGUGUUACAUCGAUUGGUACACCACAAUAUGUGGCAUUAGCUAAACUUGUUAAAUGUUUAUUAUCUUUAUCUCAUGGAAAUAGUGAUGUCGAAAGGGGUUUUCCCCAAAAUAAUCAUCUUGUUACAGAUGAGCGUUCAUCAUUAAAUGAAGCAUCUAUCAAUGGUCUACGAGCUACAAAUGCUGGUAUUAAAUUCUUUGGUGAUAGCAAAGUUCACAUGGUACCGACAACUAAAAGUUUACUGUCCAGUGUUCAAAAAUCUUAUUCACGGUACGCGAAAGAUAAUGACCGACAACAGAAACUAGUGAAGAAUGUUGAUGCUGUCAAUGUAAAACGAACUAUUGAUACUGAACAAGAACAAUUAGAAGAAAAAGAAAUUCAGCUGCUCAACGAACAAAAGUAA